AGGCGCAGGCGCAGAUGUGCGUUGGCAGCGUGGGCUUGCGGGGUCUGGCCGCGCCGCGGGCCGUAGCCUUUCUCGAGGCCGCCAGCUGUCAUGGCGCUCCGCUGCCUGCUGCUGUGGGGCCGGGGCGGAUGCCGGGCACGCGGGCUCGCCCCCCUGCUCGUGCCCGGCAACGGCGCGGGCCGCGGUGGGCGGCACAGCCUGCGCACGCUCUGUCGGUACGCUGCAGCACAGGUGACGGCCAGCCGAAGGUCUCUUGUGACAGAUGUGAUUGCUGCAUACCAUAGGUUCUGUUCCCGCCCUCCCAAAGGAUUUGAAAAAUACUUUCCUAAUGGAAAGAAUGGGAAAAAAGCUAGUGAAUCUAAAGAAGUUGCAGGAGAAAAAAAAGAACCCAAAUCAGCGACUGCCCCACGCUCUUCUGGGGAAGCAGGUGGCGGUGGAGGAAAACGCCGGGGCAAGAAGGAUGAUUCCCACUGGUGGUCAAGGUUCCAGAAGGGUGACUUUCCAUGGGAUGACAAGGACUUCAGGUUGUACUUUCUGUGGACUGCUCUGUUUUGGGGUGGAGUCAUGCUUUACAUCCUGUUUAAACGCUCCGGGAGGGAAAUCACUUGGAAGGACUUCGUCAAUAACUAUCUCUCCAAAGGCGUCGUAGACAGAUUGGAAGUUGUGAACAAGCGUUUUGUUCGAGUGACUUUCAUACCAGGAAAGACUCCAGUUGAUGGGCAAUAUGUCUGGUUUAAUAUUGGCAGUGUAGACGCCUUUGAGCGGAAUCUGGAAACUUUACAGCAGGAGCUGGGCAUAGAAGGGGAAGACCGGGUGCCCGUUGUCUACGUCACUGAAAGCGACGGCUCGUUCCUGCUGAGCAUGCUGCCCACCGUCCUCAUCAUUGUCCUGCUCUACACCGUGCGCCGGGGCCCUGGCGGCCUCGGCCGGGGCGGCCGCGGUGUGGGCGGGCUCUUCAGUGUCGGGGAGACCACGGCUAAGGUCCUGAAGGACGGGAUAGACAUCAAGUUCAAGGACGUGGCGGGCUGCGAGGAGGCCAAGCUGGAGAUCAUGGAAUUCGUGAACUUCUUAAAAAACCCAAAGCAGUACCAAGACCUAGGAGCCAAAAUUCCAAAGGGUGCCAUUCUCACGGGUCCUCCUGGCACUGGGAAGACACUAUUGGCCAAGGCCACGGCUGGGGAAGCCAACGUCCCCUUCAUCACUGUCAGUGGGUCUGAGUUUCUCGAGAUGUUUGUUGGUGUGGGCCCGGCUCGGGUGCGAGACCUGUUUGCCCUCGCUCGGAAGAAUGCCCCUUGCAUCCUCUUCAUUGAUGAGAUUGAUGCAGUGGGAAGGAAGAGAGGUCGUGGCAACUUCGGGGGACAGAGUGAGCAGGAGAACACGCUCAACCAGCUGCUGGUGGAGAUGGACGGUUUUAAUACAACGACAAAUGUGGUCAUCUUGGCGGGCACCAACCGGCCAGACAUCCUAGACCCGGCACUGCUGCGUCCAGGCCGCUUCGACCGGCAGAUCUUCAUCGGACCCCCGGACAUAAAAGGAAGAGCAUCCAUUUUCAAAGUCCACCUCCGGCCCCUGAAGCUGGGGGCUGCCCUGGAGAAGGAUAAGCUGGCCCGGAAGCUGGCCUCCCUAACACCGGGCUUUUCAGGUGAGCUGUGUGCNNNNGUGUGUAACGAAGCGGCCUUGAUUGCAGCGCGACACCUCUCAGACUCCAUAAACGAAAAGCACUUCGAGCAAGCCAUCGAGCGUGUGAUUGGUGGCUUAGAAAAAAAGACCCAGGUCCUGCAGCCUGAGGAGAAGAAGACGGUGGCGUACCAUGAAGCAGGGCACGCGGUGGCUGGCUGGUACCUGGAACAUGCAGACCCUCUCUUGAAGGUGUCCAUCAUCCCCCGUGGCAAGGGUCUAGGCUACGCCCAGUACCUGCCCAAGGAGCAGUACCUGUACACCCAGGAGCAGCUCCUGGACCGGAUGUGCAUGACCCUGGGUGGCCGUGUCUCUGAGGAGCUCUUCUUUGGGAGGAUCACCACUGGCGCCCAGGAUGACCUGCGGAAAGUCACACAGAGCGCUUAUGCCCAGAUCGUGCAGUUUGGCAUGAAUGAGAAGGUUGGGCAGAUCUCCUUCGACCUCCCGCGCCAGGGCGACAUGGUGCUAGAGAAGCCGUACAGCGAGGCCACCGCCAGGCUCAUCGAUGACGAGAUGCGGCUCCUGAUCAGCGAGGCCUACAGGAGAACUGUGGCUCUCCUCACGGAGAAGAAGGCUGAUGUGGAGAAGGUUGCGCUUCUGUUGCUGGAGAAAGAAGUUUUAGAUAAGAACGACAUGGUUGCACUCCUGGGCCCCAGACCAUUUGCAGAGAAGUCCACGUAUGAAGAGUUUGUGGAAGGCACGGGCAGCUUGGAUGAGGACACCUCCCUGCCGGAGGGCCUGAAGGGCUGGAACAAAGGGCAGGAGAAGGAGGAGGAGGAGGAGCCCUCGGACCAGAAGGGUGCCGGCCAGAUGCAGACAGGUCCGAGGCAGCCGCUGUAGUCCGCUGCCGUGCCUGCGGGCGCUGCUGCAGCUCAGUGUGCCAGAGGGCAGCCCGGCCUGCUGAGCCUCCGAUGUCACGGCGGGACAGGCCCUUUCCAGGGCCCAGCAGAGCCUGGUGACCCCACAUGGAGCAGCGGCUGUGGUCGGGCAGCCGCCUGGAACUGCGUGUGGAGGAGCAGGCUUCUGUGCGCCUCCACUCUGCAUUCCUCGCUCUCUUCAGUUUCUCUCUACAGACAGGCUGUGGAGUUCAAUUCGAGUGCUGAUGGAAUAUAUUGAUUUAAGUGAACAAUUUAUUGUUUCAGUGAAAGGUUUUCUAGAGAGCUGUAACAUAUUUAAAAAUGUGAAUGUAUUGUGUAAAUAUGGCUUCUUUACAUCAGAAAUAAAUGUGAACACUGUAUUUUUCCUGA